AAACAAAGUUACAAAAACAAACAAACAAACGCAAUCUCCUUUUUGUUUAAUUAACCAAACAAAUUUCCAAUCAAUCUUUUUUUUUCUUUCUUUUGCUAAUUUUCCUUUGCUUUUUCCCGAGAAAAUUUCUAUUCUUAAUCCAAUUAUUUUCAUUUCGCUCCGAUCGCCAUGGGCCGAACCCCCAGACAUCCCGAUUCCGCCAACGAAUGUGCUUCAACUAGCAACACCACUACAAGCCUCUGCAAGCGAAACCCUAACCAAUGCCAGGCUAAGAGCCAGAUCAAGCCUGCUCUCCACCGUUACUUGCACCGCAAUCGGCACACUAACGGAACCUCCGCUGUUAGUAACCGUUCAAAUCACAAGGGUUUGUUCUCGUUAUUUCCGCUUAGAGGUACGUACUUGCUGUAUUUCAUGGCAUUUCUUGCUGUUUUCGGGUUCGCGAUGGCGUCUAUGGUUCUUCAAAGCUCGAUCGCGUCUGUGUUCGGGAGUGAGACCGGACUGCCGGUCAGAGAAGCGAUGAAGUUGGGGACUCGUUUGAGAUUCGCGCCGCGUCGUGUCGUACUUGGUGAUGGGCUUGAUAGGUUGCGUUCCCAGCCGAGAAUUGGAGUCCGGCCGCCGCGAAUUGGUCUUAUCCUGGGAAACAUGAAAAAAGAUCCGCGGUCAUUGAUGUUGAUUACUUUGGUGAAGAAUCUACAGAGACUUGGGUAUGUGUUUAAGAUCUAUGCUGUGGAGAAUGGAACAUCACACUCAAUGUGGGAGCGGAUGGGUGGUCAGAUUUCUAUCUUAGGUCCAGAGCAGUAUGGCCAUGUUGAUUGGUCUAUUUUUGAAGGUAUUAUUGCUGAUUCUCUUGAAGCAAAAGAAGCCAUAUCCAGCCUUAUGCAGGAGCCCUUUCAUUCAAUACCACUCAUAUGGGUAAUCCAGGAAGAUACACUUGCAAAUCGUUUACCAGUGUAUGUGGAAAAGGGCUCAAAGAAUCUCCUUUCUGAUUGGAAAAGUACCUUUAGCAGGGCUAGUGUUGUUGUGUUUCCAGAUUUUAGUCUGCCGAUGUUAUAUAGUGUGCUUGACACUGGAAACUUCUUUGUGAUUACUGGAUCACCAGUCGACGUGUGGGCUGCAGAGAUCUACAGUAAAAAUCAUGUAAAAUAUCAAUUAAGAAAGGAAAAUGGAUUUCUUCUAGAUGAUAUUUUAGUUCUAGUCGUCGGAAGUUCGUUCUUCUAUGAUGAGCUAUCGUGGGACUAUGCUGUGGCAAUGCAUGAUAUAGGACCUCUGCUAAUUAAAUAUGCAAGGAGAAACAAUGUGGAGGGGUCAUUUAAGUUUGUUUUCUUAUGUGGCAAUUCCACUGAUGGGUAUAACAAUGCACUACAGGAAGUUGCCUCACGGCUAGGACUUUUGCAAGGUUCUAUAAGGCAUUAUGGGCUGAAUACUGAUGUCAACAGUGUGCUGCUGAUGGCUGACAUUGUUCUCUAUGGUUCUUCUCAAGUUGAACAGGGUUUUCCUUCAUUGAUUAUUCGAGCCAUGACUUUUGGAAUCCCUAUUAUUACACCUGACUAUCCUAUCAUUAAAAAACAUGUUAUUGAUGGUGCCAAUGUGAUAUUUUAUCAAAAACAUAAUCCUGGUGAUUUGAUGAGGGCUUUCUCACUUUUCAUAUCAAAUGGGAAACUUUCUAAAUUUGCUAGAACUGUUGCUUUAUCUGGAAGACUACUUGCUAAGAAUAUGCUGGCAUCAGAUUGCAUAACUGGUUAUGCACGGCUUCUGGAGAAUUUACUCAAUUUUCCUUCAGAUGCCUUGUUGCCAGGUCCGAUCUCACAACUUCAGCAGGUUUCAUGGGAAUGGAAUUUGUUCAGGAAAGAAAUGGAGCAUGGAAUUGGUGACAUACCAAACAUUGAGCAGGGGGAUGCUUCAUAUAGAAAUUCCAGUGUUGUUUAUGUCCUUGAGAAAGAAUUCACCAAUCUUGUUGAUUCAAUGGACUUCUCGGAAAAUGGAAAUCAAAGUUGGGCACAAGAUUCCUUGACUGAAGGAGAUUGGGAUGUUUUAAGAGAUAUAGAAAAUUUUGAAGAAUAUGAGACACUAGAGAGGCAGGAGCUUGAAGAAAGAAUGGACAGUGACAGUGGUGUGUGGGAUGAUAUAUAUCGUAAAGCUCGAAAAUCCGAAAAGCUUAAGUUUGAAGCUAAUGAAAGGGAUGAGGGAGAGCUAGAAAGGACAGGGCAGCCAGUAUGCAUUUAUGAAAUAUACGGUGGUGCUGGGGCCUGGCCAUUUUUGCACCACGGUUCCUUGUACCGUGGGUUAAGUCUUUCUACAGCAGCUCGAAGGUUAAGAUCAGAUGAUGUGGAUGCAGUUGGUCGGCUUCCUCUUUUGAAUUUUACUUACUACCGGGACAUUCUCUGUGAGAUUGGAGGAAUGUUUUCUAUUGCAAAUAGAGUGGAUAGUAUUCACAAAAGACCUUGGAUUGGGUUUCAGUCAUGGCGUGCAGCUGGUAGAAAGGUUUCAUUGUCCAUAAGAGCUGAAAAAGUUCUGGAAGAAACAUUAAAGGAAACUAAAAGUGAUGUUAUGUAUUUUUGGGCACACCUGGACAUGGAUGGUGGAUUUCCAGGAAGUAAUAAAGAGCUUACUUUUUGGUCAAUAUGCGACAUCCUAAAUGGAGGAUACUGCAGAGCUGCUUUUGAAGAUGCCUUCCGUAAGAUGUAUGACUUGCCAUCACAUAUAGAAGCUCUUCCUCCCAUGCCAGUAGAUGGUGGUCUCUGGUCUGCCCUGCAUAGCUGGGUUAUGCCAACCCCUUCCUUUUUAGAGUUCAUGAUGUUUUCCAGGAUGUUUGCCGAUUCUCUUGAUGCCUUGCAUAACAAUUCUAGCGAAGCAAAUACGUGUUUGUUGAGUUCCUCCAACCUUGAGAAAAAGCACUGUUAUUGUCGGGUAUUGGAACUUCUUGUUAAUGUCUGGGCUUAUCACAGCGGACGAAAGAUGGUGUACUUAGAUCCUCUAUCCGGUUCUCUAAAAGAGCAGCAUCCUAUAGAUCAACGCAAUGGAUUUAGAUGGGGAAAAUAUUUUAAUUUUACAUUGUUGAAGAGCAUGGAUGAAGAUCUAGCUGAGGCAGCAGAUGAUGGUGACCAUCCGAGGGAGAAGUGGUUGUGGCCAUUAACGGGGGAAGUGCAUUGGCAAGGGAUUUAUGAAAGAGAGAGAGAAGAAAGAUACAGACUAAAGAUGGACAAGAAGAGGAAAACAAAGGAGAAAUUAUUCGAAAGGUUGAGGCAUGGAUACAGACAGGCGACACUUGGAAGAAAGAAGUUGAUAUAAUGAGAUAAAAUCUUCUUAUGAUGCUUAUAGCCUGAAACCUAGUUGUUUAAUUCUUUGAUCAUAAUACAGGUACUGAACCAAAAUUUAUUUUCAACUGGGAAGCAGAAAAGGCUCGUUCAGCUGGAGAAGCUUUCCUUCUAACAUCGAGAUUCAACAGAUUAUAUACCGUUCUCAGUAAACUAAAAUAUAUAUACUCCUAAUGACAGCAGGGACGACACAAAAGUUUUGAGGCUUAUUAUAGAGCUACCAGAUUGUUGAGAACUGAGAAGAGCAUCAACACAAAUUCAGAUUCUUUCUCCGCAUUCAAGUUCACCCAUUUAGCAAGUACAAAUGUAUUCUUUUACAAUUGUAUAUUCUUUUUGUAAUAUUAGAGGCAAUUUUGAUUAGAGCAAUUCAACAUGGAAAGACCCUUCCUGCUCUGACUUUUUCAUUU